CUUCCUCUCUUCCUCUCUUUAUUCAUAUAUAAAAAUAUAUAUAGUCUCUUGGAGCGUUUUAUACAAAUUAUCAAUGGAUGUUGAAGCUUACCACAUGAACAUUUUAUCUCCUCAGUUGUUAUCAAACAGAAAUUGUAUUAAACUCGAAAAAAACAUGAACCACCGCGAGUUUAAUCUCGCCGCCGGCGAAGUUCCGUUUGUAACCGGUGAAUCUUUCGCCGUCGAUCCUUUAGCUAAAGCUUGCUUCAACAAAUCAGAAAGUGGUCUCUCUUACAACUUCAACUCAUCCUCUGUUCUUCCUCCAUCUUCAAAACGUCCAAGACGAUCCCAAGACCUUGACUCAGACGCUCACUUCGCGUCUCCGGUUAAACGGUGGCCAGGCGCGUUUGGUUCACCGUCAUCGUUGAGAAACGCUGAACUUAUAUCUCAGAUCCAAAACCAACAACAGUCGGAGAUUGAUCGGUUCGUAAUUCAGCAAACGGAGAGGCUUAGAAUAGAGCUUGAAGCUCAUCAGCGAACGCAAACGCGGAUGCUGGCGUCUACGUUUCAGAACGCGAUAGCCAAGAAGUUAAAAGGGAAAGACGACGAGAUCGCACGGAUGAGAAACCUUAAUUAUGUUUUACAAGAUCGAGUCAAGAGUCUUUACGUUGAAAACCAAAUAUGGCGUGAUAUGGCUCAAACCAACGAAGGGCAUGCUAACAACCUUCGAACAAACCUAGACCAAGUUUUGGCUCAAGUCCAAACGUUACCAACCGCAGCAACCGUUGUAGAAGACGAUGCGGAGUCGAGCUGCGGAAGUUGCGUUGAAGGUGGUGAAAGUGUUAAAGCGGUUGGUGGCGUUUGCAAGAGGUGUGGUGAGAGAGAAGCGAGUGUGUUGGUGUUACCUUGUCGUCAUUUGUGUUUGUGUACGGUUUGUGGUUCGGCUUUGUUGCGAACUUGUCCGGUUUGUGAUUCGGUCAUGAACACUAGUGUAAAUGUUAACAUGUUUUCUUGA